AUGACCGACCGACCACCGACCUUCAACGAGUUGUUGAUUCGGGAAGUCCAGAACCAUCCUGAAUUGUACGACCAACAGCAUCGAGUGUGCACGGACAAUGAGGAGAGGAAUAUGAUGUGGGAGGUCAUUGCGAGGAGGAUCGAUGACAAUGUGACCGGUGAGGACAAUAUUUGAAUAUUCUAUUUACUUUUUCAGUUUUUAUUUAUUAACCGUUUUUUCAGGGGAAUUUGCCAAGAAAAGAUGGCUUCAGAUGAGAGAUCGGUACCGAAAAGAACUCAAAAUGGCCUUGCGUAAUAUGACUCAACCCAAAUGGCCAUAUUUCGAGAAACUCAGCUGGCUUGACCCCUACCUCAAGGACUCCAAAUCUGCCGGUCUUCAUCCGCCUUUUAUCAACAACAAGCUCGAGUCCACCGAAAACAACACUCUUCUGGAGUCCAUCCACAAGAUCUCCGAGAGCAAACCUCAUUUUUGGAGUCAUUUCCCCACCAAUGAAAACUCCGAAGUUCCUGAAUUCCCUUAUCCGAAUGCUGUGAGUACAGAUACCCUCCUCCAGAAUAUAAUGGCCGCAUCAUCGUCUGCAUUCGAACAGCUACAGCGACAUCGAGAAGAAGGAGAAUUCUCACCCGACAGUGCCAUUGCAUCAACCAGUGAAGACGGAGAUCAUCAGGGCCCUCUGAAUGUCCAGCCUUCUUCUUCGACCACCGCUUCUGAAGCCGGGAGUAGUGCCAGCUCUCAGAUUCGAAAUCAAAGUGCAUCGCCAGAACAUGAACAACCAGUAAAGAGUGAUGAAAGUAGUAGUAACAGUGAGAGUGGACAGGUGAGGUUUUUUAUUUUUUCUUGACCUUAUUAAUGUCCUUUUAGAGUGUGGAACAACUAACUCUGGACACCUCUCUGCUCGCCAUGCCCGGUCUCACCAAUCCCGACGGAUCUCUAAGCUUUAUGGGAUCAGUGUUACGUAAUCUCAGUGCCUCAGUAAACUCCCAAUCUCAGCCCGUCCGCACCAAUUCCAGGAAUCGAAAUCCCCCCUAUCUUGUCCGCCGAGGUGGCGGGAUCAAAAUCAAACAAGAGCGUCCCUCAGGAGAUGCACGUGGCUUCAAACCAUUGGUCAAAACCAUGUCCGUCGGAGGGAAUCACGCCUCGAAUCUUCUGAAUUUGAAUGGAACACCCGAGAAAGAAGGGGAUGACAGAUUACCUGAAUGGACCACCGACGAAGAUGUGCUCUUCGCGAGGCUGGUCGCGGUGCGGUUGAAGAAAUUCGGGGCUAAGGACAAGCGAAUUGUGAGUGAUGACAUUUGAUGUGUCUUACUUUGUCAUGAAUCACAAAAAAGUGGGAGAAUUUUGAAAGUUUCGCAAAAAAUGUCAUGUGAUUUAAAAGAGAGUUUUUUACAGAAUGAAGCUUCUCAUAACAAGGGCCGGACAUUUCGAAAAAACGACCAACUUAGAAUCUUUCGAUAUUUUGCAUAGUUGUUGUAUUAUGAUAGCUGAACGUCAGUACGAAUUUUUAGUUUCUGAAAUUACCGUAUACGGGGGUUACGGUAGGUACAAUUUUUAGAAAGAUUGGGUUCGUGUGUAAAAACCCCGAGGAGUAAAAGCACAAAACCUCGCUGUUUUACGUUUUUGACCAUGGGGAACAUUUUCAUAAUUGACAACUUUACCGUAGGAUGUUGCCUUCGACUACUUUGAAAAAUACCAAGGUACCAUAUUGAAUGUAACUUUUUUGCAGAGAACUUGUCUCAACUUUUGAAACCUCUCAAAUAUACUUUGACAUGUAUGUAACAACAUAUCAAAAAUGCGCGAAAAUAAAAGGGGUGGUUUUGGAGUUACGGUACUUUGAAGGCAGCCGGUGCCGUAUAUCAAAAUAUAAUUUUUUUCAAAAUCGGUGUAGAAGACCCGCAAAAAUUGCCAAAAUACGUUUUCGACCAUGGAGAACAUUUUUGUAAUUAACACUUUUUUUGUAGGAUGCAGUCUUCAACCGGUAUGAGAAAUAUCAAGAUACCAUGUUCAAUAUAACUUUUCGGCAUUUUACUUGUCUCAACUUCUGAAACCUUUCAAAGACACCUUGACGUAUGUGUAACAACAUAUCAAAAAUUUAGAAAAAUAAAAAGGGUGGUUUUGGAGUUAUGGUACUUUUAAUCUUGAUCAUACAGUACACCAAACUUUUGUUGUGCUGCUGACAUCCGAAUUUGGAAGAUUCCACCGUCUUAUGGCAUACACGAGUCUAAACCGUGGUAAUCGUUGCAAAAAAAAUAAGAAAUCGCUGAUCUUGCUGUUACAGUAACCAAUUAUAUGCGCACGAUAUGUUACAGUACGCUUAGGCCUAAAUUUUCUGAAUUUCCUAGUGAAAAUAGUUUCUGAGGGUCGUGCAACAUACAUAAAACAUUACAUCUUGUUUUUAAAAUAAUUUGCGUAAAGUUUAGCCGAGAAUAAAUCUAGGUGUACUGUAUGUCCAACAUUCAAAGUGCCAUAACUCCAAAACCACCCCUUUUAUUUUUCUAAAUUUUUGACAUGUUGUUACACAUAUAUCAAGGUGUCUUUGAAAGGUUUCAAAAGUUGAGACAAGUAAAAUGCCGAAAAGUUAUAUUGAACAUGGUAUCUUGAUAUUUCUCAUACCGGUUGAAGACUGCAUCCUACAAAAAAAGUGUCAAUUACAAAAAUGUUCGCGAGGGUCGAAAACGUAUUUUGGCAAGGUUUGCGGGUUUUCUACGUCAAGUUUAGAAAAAAGAAAAUUUUGAUGUACGGUACCGGCCACAUUCAAAGUGCCAUAACUCCAAAACCACCCCUUUUAUUUUUCUAAAUUUUUGAUAUGUUGCUACAUACAUGUCAAAGUAUUUUUGAGAGGUUUCAAAAGUUGAGACAAGUAGAAUGCCGAAAAGUUAUAUUGACCAUGGUACCUUGGUCAUUUUCCAAGUAGUCGAAGAUGACAUCCUACAGAAAAAGUGUUAAUUACAAAAAUGUUCUCCAUGGUCGAAAACGUAUUUUGGCAAUUUUUGCGGGUCUUCUACACCGAUUUUGAAAAAAAUUAUAUUUUGAUAUACGGUACCGGCUGCCUUCAAAGUACCGUAACUCCAAAACCACCCCUUUUAUUUUCGCGCAUUUUUGAUAUGUUGUUACAUACAUGUCAAAGUAUUUUUGAGAGGUUUCAAAAGUUGAGACAAGUAGAAUGCCGAAGAGUUACAUUACACAUGGUAUCUGGGUCAUUUUCGAAGUAGGCGAAGACUACAUCCUACAAAAAAAGUGUCAAUUACAAAAAUGUUCGCCAUGGUCGAAAACGUCUUUUGGCAAUUUUUGCGGGUCUUCUACACCGAUUUUGGAAAAAAAUUAUUUUUUGAUAUACGGUACCGGCUGCCUUCAAAGUACCGUAACUCCAAAACCACCCCUUUUAUUUUCGCGCAUUUUUGAUAUGUUGUUACAUACAUGUCAAAGUAUUUUUGAGAGGUUUCAAAAGUUGAGACAAGUAGAAUGCCGAAGAGUUACAUUACACAUGGUAUCUGGGUCAUUUUCGAAGUAGGCGAAGACUACAUCCUACAAAAAAAGUGUCAAUUACAAAAAUGUUCGCCAUGGUCGAAAACGUAUUUUGGCAAUUUUUGCGGGUCUUCUACACCGCUUUUGGAAAAAAUUAUUUUUUGAUAUACGGUACCGGCUGCCUUCAAAGUACCGUAACUCCAAAACCACCCCUUUUAUUUUCGCGCAUUUUUGAUAUGUUGUUACAUACAUGUCAAAGUAUAUUUGAGAGGUUUCAAAAGUUGAGACAAGUUCUCUGCAAAAAAGUUACAUUCAAUAUGGUACCUUGGUAUUUUUCAAAGUAGUCGAAGGCAACAUCCUACGGUAAAGUUGUCAAUUAUGAAAAUGUUCCCCAUGGUCAAAAACGUAAAACAGCGAGGUUUUGUGCUUUUACUCCUCGGGGUUUUUACACACGGACCCAAUCUUUGUGAAAAUUGUACCUACCGUAACCCCCGUAUACGGUAAUUUCAGAAACUAAAAAUUCGCGCUGACGUUCAGCUAUCAUAGUUCAACAACUAUGCAAAAUAUCAAACGAUUCUGAGUUGGUCGUUUUUUCGAAAUGUCCGGGGUCCAAUUUCCUAUUCGAAUUCUGAAUCGAAUAAUUCGACCGAAAGUGCAAAAUUUCAAUUUUUGGGAAAAUCGUCAUUGUCGACAAAAAAUAUUUUGGAAGGAGGUCGGUCGGACUUUUUGUCGCAACUGUGAAAUUCAAAAAUCGCCGCGGUGCAAGGUUCUUCAAUAUCGUCGCCACGAAUUUUGCGAGCGUGACAAGCAUUUCACAGUAAAAAAAGUGGAAGAAUGCACUGUGAGCCGCAAAAAAGUCCAUGCAUGAAACGGCUUAGCAGCAAGUUUUAAGGAUAGAAUACCCCUCUCCUCGUAUUUUAGGGACUUAUCGCAGUUAUACGCCAUUCAUGGCACAUUUUUCCGAUUUUUUCAAAAUGUUUGCAAUUGAAAAAACAUGGAAAUUUCAGAUUUCCAGAGAUCCCGGUAAGCAAUCAAGCAACCGAACCCCGGACCAAAAAUUGCUCCCAAAUGACAAUUUUCCCAAAAAUUGGAAUUUUGCACUUUCGGUCGAAUUAUUCGAUUCAGAAUUCGAAUAGGAAAUUGGACCCGGGCCAUCCUUCGAGUUGUAAAAAACUCUCUUUUAAUUCAAAAAUUUGUGAAAGAUAUUUUUUUUUUUAAUUUGAUACUUUUUAUUCGGACCUACAGUAGUCCAUACGGCGGAUUCUUCUCCUAUUCACAUAUUUUUACUUCCAAAUUUCAGAUUCGAUCUCGUAUAUCCGAAUUUAUGGACGAAAAAGAAGAACAAAUCGAGCUGAACAAGGUCCGAUCAGGCUGA